CUCACCCCAAGCCUAAUCUUGACAUUCCAAAGUCAAUUAACAACACAACCAAUAAAAAUGGCCAACCUUUUCCUAAUUAUGCUCUCCUUCUCCCUCUUUAGUCUGGUGGUCGCCACCGACUUCCCGUCAUGCAACCCGGCCGACGAAGCGGUCCUUCUGAAGGUCAGAGACCGCUUCGGCGGACCAAACGGGCGGCUCUCCGACUGGACCAACAGCUCAAACUGCUGCAGCGACUGGAGCUUCGUCGGCUGCAACUCCCGCACGGGCCGAAUCACCACCGUCACGAUCAGCCGGUCGUGGGGCCUGAGCGGGACGCUGCCCGACGAGCUCGCCGACCUGCCCUUCCUCAGCUUCCUCUCCUUCGCCGAGGAGCCCAACGUGACCGGGCCCAUCCCCCAGUCCUUCAGCAAGCUGAAGAGGCUCGAGAGGCUCGAGCUCGACGGCAACAGCCUGACCGGCCCGAUCCCGACGUUCCUCGGUCAGCUCAAGAAGCUGUCGUUCUUGAACGUGUCGCAUAACUCACUGACCGGUUCGAUACCGGCGCUGCCCGCCGCGCUGACCACCUUCGACGUCAGUUACAACCAGUUGUGCGGGGUUAUCCCGGACGCGGUAAAGAAGUUUGGAGAGAGCGCGUUUGAGCAUAACAGAUGCCUUUGUGGGCCUCCCCUGCCAACCAAUUGCCACUGAAGAAUAUGAAAAUCAGAUCAUCUCCACCGACGAGGUAGUACGGAUGGUAGCUUCAAUUCAAUUAUUAAUGAAUAAUGUGGUUGGGAGUUGGGACAAAGGAUAUGAUAUAUGUUACUCCUAGCUAAGUACUAUAUAUUGUUGUUUUGAGAUUAAAUUGUUCUCAUGGCUGAUAUGUAAUCAUCAAUAACACAAAUAAGAAAUAAGAUGUACUUGUACAUUAGAGAACAUAGUUCUUAUUUUCGAAAUAAUAAAGACAUGUUUUUUAU